CCUCGGCCCGUCGCCAUGAAGCGGAAGCAGAGAACCUCGGCGGCCGCCGCCGCCGCCACCGAAGUCGACGCCGACGAGCCGUCCCAGGCCCUGCUCCCCCUCGACGACUAUUCGGGCGACGUCUGCGCCGCCCUCACCGCGCGCUACGGCCGCUCCGCCUCCGCGCAGCACCGCCACCUGCUCGCCACCGCCGCCGCCAUCGGCUCCAUCCUCGCGGACGACGGGCACUCCCUCACAGCCGAGUCCUACCUCCCCGCCGUCGUCUCCGCGCUCCGAGCCGCCGGCCCCUCUGACCCGGCCGCCGCGUCCGCGCUCGCCUCCCUCCUCGUCAUCCUCAUCCCCCACAUCUCCUCCCUGCCGCCGGCCUCCGCCUCUGAGUCCGCCUCCUCGCUCGCCGACUUCCUCGCCUCCCCUGACGCCUCCAAGCUCCCCACCGGCACCGUGCGCUCGGUGGUCAAGUCGCUCGGCCACUUGGCCCUCCUUCUCGACGCCGCAGCCGAUUGGGCCGCUGUGGCCGCGCCUCUUGAGGCUCUCCUCGCCGCGUCCGUGGACCAGCGGGCCAAGGUCCGAAGAUGCGCACAGGAGAGCGUCGAGAAGCUCUUUGCUUACCUGGAGCGUUCCGGUUGCGGGAAGAAAGCUAGCAGUGCUGCAGUUGGUUUGUUUGAGAAACACAUUUCAUCGGUGAGAGGCCUUGCCAAAUUGGAUGCAGACGCUUCCGAGGCUAAGGAGACGGAGGCGGUUCACAUGCUAGGUGCGAUGGCGGUUUUAGUUCCGCAUCUAUCUAAGAAGGCAAGGAGUACGGUGUUCUCGGGUGCUCGUCGGCUGUUGACCGCCCGUUUUAGCCCGCUCACAAGGCAUGUCCUCAGGCUAAUGGAGGCCUUGCUGGAGCAUCUUAAGGUUGAGAAUGUCGAGCCGGAGUUGGAGAAUUUCAUCUCCUUGCUGUUGGCCUAUCUGCCUUAUGAUGAGAAGAAGCCUGAUGAUACCAUCAUCGCAGCAUUACAGCUCAUGAGAAGUUGUUUAGCGAAAUUGGCUGGCCACUCAAAAUUGUGGACAAAGGCUCUUCCAUCUGCAUUUGAGGCAGUUUCAGGAUACCUAAUUCUGGACAGAAAAUGUUCUGAAGAUAUAGCAAAACUGCUAAUAGAGUGCAUCUAUUCUCAUGUCGACCAAAGUAUUCUGUUGACUAAUGAAUCACAGCCUGAUGCUGGGGAUUCAAGUGAUGGCGCUGCUGUCAAAUCAAUCUGUUUGUCUAUCAAUAAAAGACUCAAAAAGUGUCCUGCUCCUCCUCUUCCUGAUAAUGUGUUAAAGAUCGUCCUGGCUUUGUUUCUCAAACUGGGGGAGUGUUCUUACAUUUUUAUGAAAGACAUCCUACUAACUUUGUCACGACUUGGUACGAAAAUACACAAAGAACCACACCUGAAGAAGGUUGAGGAGUGCAUUGGGGCAGCAAUAGUUGCCAUGGGGCCAGAUAAAAUUCAUUCACUACUCCCAAUAUCUUUUCACGAGGAUUGGUUUACAUGCUCAAAUACUUGGCUCGUACCCAUUUUAAACAAGUAUGUUUAUGGGGCCUCACUGCAACACUUUUUAGAGUACAUUGUACCGCUAGCGAAAUCUUUACGGGAUGCUUCAAGCAGGGCAAAAAAACCACGAAAAUGUAAAGAGUUGCAAGCUUGGAGUGAUCAAUUGUGGAACUUGCUUCCUGCCUUCUGCCGCUAUCCGUCUGAUGUAUAUCAGAAUUUUGGUUCCUUGUCCAAACUGCUGGUAGAGAUGCUGAAGUGUGAUCGGUGUCUCUACAAAUCCGCUUGUAAAGGCCUUCAGCAACUUAUCGAUGGAACUAGAAGAUUAACUAGCAGUGAUCAAGACGUAGAAAUCCCUGCAGAAAUUUCAGCCUUGUUCACGUCAUCGGAGGCUAAUAACUUAAGCUGUGUAAGCUUACAAAGAUGCUCGAAAAAAGAUGCCCGUAAAAGCAUGAAAGUCCUGGCAUCACAUUCUGUGGAUCUUCUUUGCACUUUUGCAGAUGAUUUCCUUGACUCUUCAGAAAAGCGUGCUCACAUAAAGGAUGCUCUGAGAUCCCUUGCUCAACUUUCUGGUAGCGCAAAUAUCUGUAACCUUUUUCUUUCACUAGUUAAAAGAUUUGGUUUGGAAGAUACUCCAUUGGAGCCAGAGAAUCUAGAAUGUCAAACAAAUGAGGUAGAUGGAAAAGAAGAAGAGAGUAGUGAUGCUACAGCGGAGAUAAACAAUAAGAGGUCACUUCUGAUGGAACUCAUUCCCACGCUAGCUGAAGCUGCUGAUGAAGAUGCGCUUGAUUUAUUUUUUGGAUUCAUCAAGUCUUCUUUACUGAACAACAUCAAGUCGUGUGACAGCAGAGCUCUCUUCGCAUUAAGCAUAAUUUUGAAGGAACAUCAUGGAUAUUCUUUAACCCAGUUGGAUGAAAUAAUGAUGCUUCUUCAUGGAAUAAAGCCAGAUUCUAAUAAUGCAGUUUUAGAAGGCCAAUUAGUAUGCUACAAGUAUCUGUUGGUUCAUAUGAUUAAGGUUAAUGAAGAGAGCACCAGCAAGAAGGCAUUCUUGAUUCUAAAUGAGUUAAUACUUGCAUUGAAGUCUAAGAAGGAAAAUAGAAGAAUAGCAUACGAUGUACUCCUGGCUAUCAGUACUAGCUUGAGGAGCUCCGAAUCAAAUAACGGAGAUUCAGAUCUUCAACGACUAUUCACAAUGGUAAUGGGAUAUCUUUCUAGUCCGUCUCCUCACAUAGUGAGUGGAGCAAUUGCUGCGCUAUCAUUGCUUAUAUACAAUGAUGCUAAUUUUUGCAUGGAAGUUCCAAAUUUGAUACCAUCAGUUCUAGUUCUGCUGCAAAAUAAAGCUAUUGAAAUAAUUAAGGCAUCUUUGGGCUUCGUUAAGGUGUUGGUAACAUCUUUGCAUCCAGAAAAACUAUUGAGUUUGCAAGCAGAUAUCAUGACUGGCAUAUUACCAUGGUCAUCUUUUACAAAGCACCAUUUCAAAGGGAAGGUUGUACUAAUACUGGAAAUAUUGAUUAGGAAAUGUGGAUUUGAUGCCGUUAACCUAGUAACACCGGAAAAAUACAAGGAGUUCGUUAGAGAGGUUGAAGAGGGCCGCAAGGGGAAUCAUAAUCCAGCAGAUGGUGCAGAGCCUGAGGCAAAUGAUCCUGAGCAUCCUACUCCGAAGAGAAGAAAAUGGGGUGACUCUAAUGCUGAGCCUGGGCAAGAGGAAACACCGAAAAAGGAAUUCUUCGUCAAAGGGGAUAGGAAACCUCACUUUGGAGGUGCCAGAAACCAUAACGACAAAGCAUCAGGCGGCAAAGGUGAUAGAACUCAUUUCAGACCCAAAUCCAAUGCACGGUCAGGAAAUAGUCAAAAUUACAGAGGCGGUAAAUCUCAAGGCCACGACACGAGGCCCAGAAAUGGUGUGUUCAAGAGGACACCGAACCGCGGGACGGGACAGUCGGCCCACUCUCCUAGAUUCAAGAAGGCUAGGACUGCAGCAACAAACUGCUCAAGCCUUUUGUAUCUGAAAUUUGGAAUCACGGUGAUAUUUUCGAACUGGUUGGAAAGAAAAAAAAUAUACGGUUUGAUGUCAGUCACGGAUAACUUUAUCCACUCGGACAUAGAAGGGCUCAUGUGGCCCUUCCGGCCCAUAUACCUUCUCUUGUCUUGUCUCUCCAAGCCGCGGUGUCAGAUUCCGACCCAACCCGCCGGCAGCCGCCGCAUCUUCUCCACCUCGUAUCUUCUCUGUCGACUCCGGCGGCCGGCCAUGGCGGUGGCGGGGCCGGGGCAGCUGAACCUGGACGAGUUCCCCUCGUGGGGCUCCCGCGGCGUCGACUGCUUCGAGAAGCUCGAGCAGAUCGGCGAGGGCACCUACGGGCAAGUUUACAUGGCGAGGGAGAUGGAGACCAACGAGAUCGUCGCCCUCAAGAAGAUCCGCAUGGACAACGAGCGCGAAGGCUUCCCGAUCACGGCGAUACGGGAGAUCAAGAUCCUCAAGAAGCUCCACCACCAGAACGUUAUCCAGCUCAAGGAGAUCGUCACCUCCCCAGGCCCGGAGCGAGACGAGCAAGGAAAGCCAAUCGAUGGCAACAAGUACAAGGGGAGCAUCUACAUGGUGUUCGAGUACAUGGACCACGACCUCACCGGGCUCGCCGACAGGCCGGGGAUGCGCUUCACCGUGCCGCAGAUCAAGUGCUACAUGAAGCAGCUGCUUACGGGCCUGCACUAUUGCCAUGUCAACCAGGUGCUGCAUCGAGAUAUCAAAGGGUCUAACCUAUUGAUAGACAACGAGGGUAACCUGAAGCUCGCUGAUUUUGGGCUGGCGAGAUCAUUCUCGAGUGAUCACAAUGGAAACCUGACUAACCGUGUGAUCACCUUGUGGUAUAGACCCCCGGAGUUGCUACUCGGAAGCACGAGGUACGGUCCAGCUGUCGACAUGUGGUCUGUGGGUUGUAUUUUUGCUGAGCUCCUCAAUGGAAAGCCAAUACUGCCAGGAAAGAAUGAGCCGGAGCAGCUAACUAAAAUCUUUGAGCUUUGUGGCACGCCUGAUGAGGCAAACUGGCCUGGCGUCACUAAAAUGCCAUGGUACAACAAUUUCAAGCCUCCCCGGCAGUUGAAGAGAAAAGUUAAAGAAGCCUUUAAACAUUUUGACCGGCAUGCUCUGGACCUUUUAGAGAAGAUGUUAACUCUAGAUCCAUCACAGAGGAUGGCAGCAAAAGAAGCACUCGAUGCAGAGUAUUUCUGGACUGAUCCAUUACCGUGUGAUCCAAAAAGUUUGCCAUCAUAUGAAGCAUCACACGAGUUCCAGACCAAGAAAAAACGUCAGCAGCAGAGGCAAGCAGAGGAAGCUGCAAAGCGCCAAAAACUGCAGCACCCUCCUCCACACACUCGCUUGCCUCCGAUCCAGCAUCCAGGCCAAUCACACCAGAUCAGGCCCAGCCAGCACAAUGCACCUCCCGUGGCAGCUGGCCCGAGCCAUCACUAUGCAAAACCCCGAGGACCAGGGGGGCCUAACAGGUACCCGCAGGGUGGCUCAGGCUAUAAUAAUCAGAACCGUGGAAGCCAGGGCAGUGGCUAUGGGAGCGGCCCGUAUGCUCAGCAAGGACGAGGAGGACCUCCUCCGUUCCCUGCAGCAGGUGGCCGUGGUGCGGCUGGCAGCGGCUAUGGAGCUGGUGGUGGGCCAAAUUUCCCGCAAGGCGGUCCGCCAUAUGGCGCGUCUGGUCCGGGCCGAGGUCAGAACUAUCCUCAGGGUGGUUCUCGCAAUCAGGGUUAUGGGAGCUGGCAAUAGUGUAUAUCAAUGGCAUGGGGUGGUGAAUCGCCCUUCUGAAGUUUGGACUAUUUAUUUGUAGAAUCUUUGCUAUUCAUUUGCUACUCUCUUGGAUUUGCUUCACUAGUAGCCCCUGGAGUAUUCCGACUUCAGCUGUAAUAUUUUUAUAAAUGCUUGAAAUAUAUCAGCACUAAUGAAAUAUUCUUGUAGCAUGGAGGUCUUUGAAAAGUCAUUAGAAUGUUUGCAGUCA